CUCCGCUUGAGAAACGAGUCCUGCGGGCGGGCGGGCGCUGCAGUCGCGCGCGCAGCGAAAGUUGCCGGGGCUCCCAAAAGGGGUCAUCCCGGGGGCCGCCUGCCCAACAGUCUUAGCGAGUAACCGCCACGUUCUGACGGAGAUAAGCCAGCAAGUGCCGGCCGCAGAAUUCCUCCGCCUGCGGUAUCGGUGCUUUGGUUCCGCCGUCGCCAUUUUGGAUGCCUGGCUCUUGCUGCUGUCGCCGCCAUCGCUGCAGGGACCCGGCCCGAGGAUGCCAGCCCCCAUCAGACUCCGGGAGUUGAUCCGGACCAUCCGGACUGCACGCACACAGGCAGAAGAAAGAGAGAUGAUUCAGAAAGAAUGCGCUGCUAUCCGAUCAUCCUUUCGAGAAGAGGACAACACAUACCGCUGCCGGAAUGUAGCUAAAUUGCUAUACAUGCAUAUGUUGGGCUAUCCUGCCCACUUUGGACAGCUGGAGUGCCUAAAGCUGAUUGCCUCUCAGAAAUUCACAGACAAGCGCAUUGGAUAUCUUGGAGCCAUGUUACUCCUGGAUGAGAGGCAGGAUGUUCAUCUCCUCAUGACCAAUUGCAUCAAAAAUGACCUUAAUCACAGCACACAGUAUGUGCAGGGCUUGGCACUCUGCACCUUGGGCUGCAUGGGCUCUUCUGAAAUGUGCCGGGACCUUGCUGGGGAGGUGGAGAAGCUUCUGAAGACUUCUAACUCCUACCUGAGGAAAAAGGCGGCCCUGUGUGCGGUUCAUGUCAUCAGGAAAGUGCCUGAGCUGAUGGAGAUGUUUUUGCCAGCCACAAAAAACCUGCUGAAUGAGAAGAACCAUGGUGUCCUUCACACCUCUGUUGUCCUCCUCACUGAAAUGUGUGAAAGAAGUCCAGACAUGCUUGCCCACUUCAGAAAGCUUGUACCUCAGCUUGUUCGCAUUCUGAAAAACCUUAUUAUGUCAGGCUAUUCUCCGGAGCACGAUGUUUCGGGUAUCAGUGACCCCUUUCUGCAGGUUCGAAUCCUGCGGUUGCUGAGAAUUCUUGGCCGAAAUGAUGAUGACUCCAGUGAAGCAAUGAAUGACAUUCUUGCACAGGUGGCCACAAACACGGAAACAAGCAAAAAUGUGGGAAAUGCCAUUCUUUAUGAAACCGUCUUAACUAUCAUGGACAUAAAGUCUGAGAGCGGCCUGAGAGUGCUGGCUAUUAACAUUCUUGGUCGGUUUUUACUCAAUAAUGACAAGAAUAUAAGAUAUGUAGCCUUGACAUCCUUGUUGAAAACUGUGCAGACUGACCACAAUGCUGUCCAGCGACACCGGAGCACCAUUGUGGAUUGCUUAAAGGAUCUGGAUGUCUCUAUCAAACGGCGUGCAAUGGAACUCAGCUUUGCUCUUGUGAAUGGGAACAACAUUCGGGGAAUGAUGAAAGAGUUGCUAUAUUUUUUGGAUUCUUGUGAGCCUGAGUUCAAGGCUGAUUGUGCAUCAGGAAUAUUUCUUGCAGCAGAAAAAUAUGCUCCUUCUAAACGCUGGCACAUAGAUACAAUCAUGCGCGUCUUGACAACGGCAGGGAGCUACGUUCGUGAUGAUGCUGUGCCCAACCUUAUCCAGCUCAUUACCAACAGCAUGGAGAUGCAUGCCUACACUGUACAGAAACUCUACAAAGCCAUUCUGGGAGAUUAUUCCCAACAACCCCUGGUACAGGUGGCUUCCUGGUGCAUUGGUGAAUAUGGAGAUCUCUUGGUAUCCGGUCAGUGUGAGGAGGAAGAGCCAAUCCAGGUCACAGAGGAUGAAGUCCUUGAUGUUCUGGAAAGUAUCCUUGUCUCCAACUUGACAGCAUCAGUCACACGGGGCUAUGCCCUCACCGCCAUUAUGAAACUGUCAACGCGGUUCACUUGCACAGUCAAUCGCAUUAAGAAGGUGGUCUCUAUAUAUGGCAGCAGCAUUGAUGUGGAGCUCCAGCAGAGGGCAGUGGAGUACAAUGCCUUAUUCAAAAAGUAUGACCACAUGAGGUCAGCUCUGCUUGAACGUAUGCCAGUUCUGGAGAAAUUGGCAGCUAACGGUCCUACAGAUGUUACUCAGCCUAAUGGGGAAGCAGAGCCAACAAUCUUGGAGACCAAGCCGCCUCUGUCCAGCCUGCCACCAGCCAGCCAGGCAAAUGACCUGCUGGAUCUUUUGGGAAGCAAUGACAUCACUCCUGUCAUAUCAACAGCCCCUUCCAGCAAGGCAGCUUCUGCUGGUGGGGAGCUGCUGGACCUCCUUGGGGAUCUCAAUCCAACAACAGGUCCUCCAGCUCCAGCCCCACAGAUACCACAGCCUCCAUUUCUGUUGGACGGACUUUCUUCACCACCCAUCUUCAAUGAUAUACCUUCUGGCAUUCCUCCAAUCACAGCCUACAACAAGAACGGGCUAAAGAUUGAUUUUGCUUUUGAACGCUCCAACACCAACCCCAGUGUCACCGUCAUCACCAUACAGGCCUCCAACAGCACUGAUGUGGACAUGACAGAUUUUGUUUUCCAGGCUGCGGUACCAAAGACAUUCCAGCUGCAGCUUCUGUCUCCGAGCAGCAGCAGCAUCCCAGCAUUUAACACAGGGACCAUCACACAAGUCAUCAAAGUCCUGAAUCCGCAAAAGCAACAGCUCCGCAUGCGGAUCAAGCUGACAUACAACCACAAGGGCUCAGCAAUGCAGGACCUGGCAGAGGUCAACUCUUUCCCCCCCCAGUCCUGGCAGUGAGCUCUGCUCUCCUCACCCUACCUGAUUGGCCAAAGGAACGUCGGGCAGAGCCUGUGACUCCAGAAGUUCCCCAGCCUCCCCGUGGCUGGGAGAGCUGCUGCUGCUGCUGCUGCUGCUGCUGCUGCUGCAGAGGACGAGGAGCACUGGCCUUGCUCAUCCUGAAGCAUCUCUUUCGAACCUUGCACACUCUCUUCCCCCUCCUGAACUGCUGAGCCCCAUCCACCACAGACGCCACGUUCCCUUGUUUGGGGAAGGGGGGGCACAUUGGGACAUGUGUUCUCUCCCCCCUCCCCUGAGAAGGGGGCUGCUGCUGCUGCUAUUGCCGCCUUGUGUCCAGCAGAUGGGUGGGUGAGAUGGGUUUGGGUUUGGCUUGGCUCCUUCUUACCGGGUUACCAUCUUUAGACGCUUUUGUUCAAGGAAGCUGGUGCCCUUCUUUUCUCCUUGGGUUCCCCUGACGUUGGGGCCCUUUUCUACACAUGACUGCACCCUUGGUGAGCAGUGAUUUGAGCCCUGUAUGGAUCUGCUGUUCUGGACAGAAACGCUACUUAGAGGAAUUGGCAGGACAUUGGGCAGUGAAGCCAAGCCCAUUUUGGGCCAGUGCCUCUUUGAAGAAGCAUCAUGAUGGACAAGACUGACUGCUCUAGCAAGUCGUUUUUCAAUGUGCCCCAUCCCAAAUCUCGGACCUCCUUUUGUCUGUUCCUUGGCUGUCAGCUGUGGUAGGAUGAGUAGAAAGGAAGAGUGUGUUCCUGGGCAAACGUCUUAGAGAUGGAGUGGGGCCCCCAUUAGCUGCAGAAAGACUCAUCUCAAAUUCCACUGCAAAGCUGCUUCCCGCUCCAAACCCCCCCCCCUUUCAUUUCCUGAGUCUGUCAGUCCUGGGUUCCAUUUGAAUUUGUUCUUCUGGGACAUUAGUGUUGUAUCUGUAAUACUGGCACUGAAAUAAAGACCAUCUGGUUUAAUGAGA